AUGGCUAAUUCUAGAAAGCAAGAAUUCAACGAAGAUCGCAUUGAACAAUCAAACGGUAACGAUGUCGACGACACAGCGUCGAUUUCGAGCGCCGGCGGAACCUCUACAGGUAGAUCUGGUAGGGUUUCGAGAGAGCGGAGCCAGUCGACUGAGAUUGGAUUAACGGAGCGAUUGACAGACAUAUUAGUGGACCAAGGAGACGGAGAUUUGUUGCUUCAAAGGAAUGAUCGUGAAGAUAGGGUUUUGCUGUGGCUGCAAGCGCUAGAUAUGCAGGUCAUGGGAGCUUGUAGAGCUGAUGAGAGGUUAAAGCCGUUGUUGAAAUUGAAUGCUUCCAGUGGUUUGGCUGAGGACCGGCUUUUAGCCCAUCUCAGUCAGCAUUUUGAGCCGUCGGAGGUUGGUAUGCUAGCCAGGUGUUUCUGCAUACCACUGGUUUCGAUUCGUGUUGGGAAGAUUAACAAGCAAGGGACUCUAUUGUGCCCGACUGCCAUAAGUCUUAUUAUAGAGUUCUAUUCUUCCAAAAUGGGGGAUUUAAAUCUGACACUAUUGCCAACUUCUGAUCUGCGCCUCUCAUUCAUUGGUGAUGAUGGUAAUACAGAGAGGCUGUUCACCUUAAGAAGUAAAACCCAGUGUGCUGCUGUUGAAGUUGAUGAGAUCCCUGCAGACUGUUCUGGACGAUCUUUCAACUUAAAGAUCUCAGAUGGCAGAGUUUUUUACUUUUGGUGCUCAGAGAAAUCAAAGCUUUUGGGAAUUGAAUUACUUGCAAAGAUGAAAGAUAUACUAAAGAGGAAACCAUCUAUAGCUGAUUUAACUGGAAUCAGCAAGUCCCGCCUUGAUUGCUUUGCGACUCACCUUCGUGCCUACCUUGUGGGAAGCAAUGGCCGGGAAAUUUCUGCUUGCUCUCUUGCCGCUUCCUCUACCACUCCAGAUGUCUCUGGUUCAGCCUCCACACUGAAGUCUCUGCGUUCCAGACAUACUGGCAGUCAGGCAGUAAAAACAAAUUCAGCUUAUCAGGGAAGCCUCAGUCCAAGAUCAAGUUCCUUCAAAGAGGGCCUACCAAGAAGCUUGUCUUCUUUAAGGAAUGCUGCCAGGGAAAAGUUAAGGCGGUGUGUAGACACCCAUCUUUCGGCAGUUGAUAAUGUGAUGGCUGCAUUGCCACUCAGCAAUGAUGUGUCUUGCAACCAAUCUGAAAACGAUAAGUCGCAAGAAGCUAAGAGUUGCCCUUUAGCACCCUCUAAUGUUCUUGAAUCUCUCGGUAAAUUGUCUUUGCCAUCAAUUCAGUUCCCUGGAUCUCAUGUUCUGUCUAGCCCACCCCUCUUCUCUCCAUACUAUUGUUGGUGCCCCCAAGGUGCAACGACAUUGCAUUAUCCUUCCACACCUUUGGAAAUCUGUACCUCAUCGGUUGAAUCACCUUUACUGCCACCGCUUCCUCCAUUAUUAUCUGCGAGCAGGCCAUCCAAUCUGUUAAGUCCUAUACCUCCUCUCAGUUUGGCUGACCUUCCUUCACUGGAUUUUCCUGCUUUGCUACCAGACCCAUUAGUUCGGUUGCCACUUCCAAGUUCACAGCAAAUCCCAACUUUCACUCCGUUAAUGUGUGACUCAAUUGUUCACAUUCCAAUCAUUGAUGUUUGUUCCUCAGGUCAAGGCUACCUAGUGAGUGCUGGACCGACUAUUGCAAGUACUAUUCCGCCUUUGCACCCAAAACUUGUAAACCCAUUGAUUCCUGAAACUGCUGAUUCUGUGGUGGAGAAGGGUGCUAGAGAAACUCUGAGACUACUCAUCAGUAGUACAAGCCAAACCAACCCUCAAUUCAUGGAUGUCUUACCAGUUGUCCUAACCAAUACUGAACAGAAGAGUAUACUCGCCACCGGAAGCCGGAGCCUUUACACAGGAACCAGAGAUGUGGAUGCUAUUGCAAACAGAAUUGUUGCCACCAUGGGCCUGGUUUCAUUGUCCGAGUCCUCUAUAAGAAACAGUGUUGCGGAGGUCAGUGGCAGCUGUGAUAUUGCGAACACUUGGGCUGAGAAUCUGCUAGAUGGUUCUGGUGCUUUGGAUGGACCCUAUUCAGACGACGAAGAUGCUCUGUUCUGGAACGCUGGGGAAGGAACCGAUUAA